AUGGCUCCGAUGAGGCCGCUGCUGCUGGCUAGCUGGCCCCGGGAGGAAGAUUUGGGGGGAACAUUCCUAGCAGUUGCUGAAGCCAUUUGUUUCAGGGAUCCUCCCCGUGUCCCUCCUGCGCGGCACUGGUUGUCAACUUAUGCUUUUCGUCAGUGGAAUGGAAAAAUGGACCUGGACAAGCUGAUGAACUCCGAGACCAACCUGAGUGCCUCACAGGACUUCUUGGAGCCACAGGGUAGAAAACGAAACAGACAGCGACGGCCGCGGCCAGUAAUUCAGCAGCAGCAGGACGCUCCCAGCAGCGUGGCCAGAGCCCCCGCGAAGGCAGGAUGCCCAAGGGGUGCUAUUCCCUGUUGUCUGGGCCUGCAGAAGACGAUUCUGGCGGGGCUGAGAGCUUCCUGUGUCCAACUGUUCCUCCAAGUGCUUUUCAAGGCUCCACAGGGCCCAGAGGUUCUCUUGCAAUGCCUCAGCGGCCACUGUGAGGAUGUAGCGUACCGCCGGGAAGAAGAGGUGACAGCGAGAAGUGAGGAGAGGCACGGACGCCUGCGCACACUUGCUGCUGACUGCUUCACAGGCAUUAACCAUCGGAGCCACGUGGUAUGUGAGGGGUGUGCUGCUGAGGCCCUGAGGUCCACAGGGGGAGACAUGGCGAGCAGAAACUUAAAUCCAAACGAGGUUCUGAAGUGGAAAAUAACAUUCACAAGCGGAGGAGCGCGCGCCGCGGCUGCGCCCAUCAGCGCGCGGCGCGGGGUUGUGGCCGUCAGGCGGGCGGGGCCGCCUAGGACCCGGGAGGAUCCGCUUCUCCGGCGCCGCAGAGCCUCGGCGCCCCCACGUGCGGCCCCCUCCUCCUCCUCCUCCUGGCCCACCUCCCUCCCUCUGGGGUUUGGGAUUCCUUGGGGAGCAGGAAGCCCCCCUCCUGCCCUGCAGCGGGCCGGGCAGGCGGAGUGGUCGGGCCCGGGGGCGGAUGCCCGUGGGUGGGCCGGGCCAGCCGGCUGCGGGGGAGGCGGGCUGCGUUGUUUCCCGCUAGGGCCGGACUCUGCGCGGGACGAGCCUCCGCGCGGUGCUCUCGGGCGGGGCCUGGGGGCGAGCGAGGCGGCGGCGGCGGCGGCGCUGCAUCCCGGGCCUCGGGCCGGGCGCGCGGGCGGGCGGGGACCGGGCAGACGCCCCCGCGGCGCCUCUCCCACGCUCGCGGCCCCUCCCUCCCUUCCCCUGGGCUCCCGGGAGAGGCGGGCGGAGGAGCUUUGUGUGCGCCUGCGGACCUGGGGCGAGCCUCGGGCGGCCGGCGGCCGGCGGACUCCGGCGCGGGAGUGGUGA